AUCAGCGCCCACCUGCCUGCUCUGAGGGCGCCCAACCCUUUCUCACUUCCUGGGCACGAUGCCCGGUUGAAGGGACAGUGCCUGGCGAGCUGGGAGGGGGAACGAGGGCGGGACCUAGGCCACUUCUUCCCUCCCUUAGAGUCAGAGUCAAAAGCUUGGGUGAGGACAAGCAGACCGCGGUGGGUCGAGCCCUACAAAACUCGCCCCAGUAGGUCAGCAAGCAAGGCGAGCUUCACAACGGCGCCUCCCCAAUCUGUGCCCCUCUCGGUACAUGGAGGCCUGAAAGUUCGUGGGUCCGGUGGAUCCCUGGACACACUGGGACUCAGGACCAACGCCCAUUAUGCACUCAGAGAGUGCUCCAAGGUUCCAAGUGCUCCUGCUUCCUGUCCUGCUGCUGCUCCUGGCCACACCGCCUGUGGUUAGCAAGGGCUGCGUCUGCAAAGACAAGGGCCCGUGCCUCUGCGUGGGGACCAAAGGGGAGAAGGGGGAGAAAGGCUGUGCUGGGCCCCCUGGUUUACCUGGCCAGAAAGGAUUUCCAGGUCCUGAAGGCUUGCCUGGACCACAGGGACCCAAGGGCUCUCCAGGACUCCCAGGGCUCACUGGCCCCAAAGGCAUCAGGGGAAUAACUGGAUUACCAGGAUUUUCAGGUCCUCCUGGACUUCCAGGUAUCCCAGGCCACCCUGGGCCGCCUGGACUGGCUGGUUUACCAGGAUGCAAUGGUUCUAAGGGUGAACAAGGAUUCCCAGGCAUUCCGGGGACACCAGGCUAUUCGGGGCUCCCAGGUCCUGCUGGUUUGAAAGGACAAAAAGGUGAGCCUGCUCAAGGAGAAGACAGGGAAUUCAAUGGCAAAGGUGACCCUGGGCUUCCAGGGCCUCCAGGCUUCCAGGGUUUUCCAGGCCCCCCAGGUUUUCCAGGGCCUGCCGGUCCACCUGGUCCUCCGGGAGAUUUUGGUCUUCCAGGUGCCGUGGGACCCAGAGGACCAAAAGGUCAUAUGGGCGAUAACGCCAUAGGACAAAAAGGAGAAAGGGGUGUGAAAGGAUUGACAGGACCUCCCGGGCUGCAAGGAACAGUGAUUGUUACCCUCAUCCACCCAUACAACACAUCGGACUUCAAGGGGGAGAAAGGAGAUAUGGGAGAGAUGGGUGAACCUGGGCGUCCCGGACCCUUGGGGCCACCUGGAGACUCCUAUGGAUCAGAAAAGGGUGUUCCUGGAGAGCCUGGUCCAAGGGGAAAACCUGGCAAAGAUGGUGCUCCUGGCUUUCCUGGCACUGAGGGAGCCAAGGGCAACAGGGGCUUUCCUGGGUUAAUGGGUGAAGCUGGCAUUAAGGGAUGGAAAGGAGACAUUGGCCCUCCAGGAUUUCCUGGUCCAACAGAAUAUUAUGACGCGUACCUGGAAAAGGGAGACAAAGGAAUGCCAGGCCCACCUGGGCCCAAAGGUGCUCGUGGCCCACAGGGUCCUAGUGGUCCCCCUGGAGUUCCUGGAAGCCCUGGACUGUCAAGACCUGGCCCCAGAGGACCUCCUGGAUGGCCAGGCUUGAGAGGAAGUAAAGGGGAGAGAGGACCCCCUGGAAAAGGCACUAUGGGCCCUCCUGGACCCCUGGGCUGCCCGGGUUCACCAGGUCCACCAGGCCCACCAGGACCUCCAGGACGUCCAGGUAACAUUCUUUUUCAACCGGGACCACCUGGUGACCAUGGAGUGCCAGGCAAUGUAGGACCUCCAGGAGACCCAGGAAUUGAUGGGCCAAAAGGAGAACCAGGCCUUCCAUGCACAGAGGUCCAUUGCAUCCCAGGGCCCCCUGGUCUCCCUGGAUUUCCAGGAUUAGAUGGUGUCAAAGGCAUCCCAGGAGGACGAGGUGCCCCUGGCAUGAAAGGAAACCCAGGGGACCCCGGAAGCCCAGGUCUCCCAGGAUUGGCAGGAUUCCCAGGGGACCAAGGGCACCCAGGACUGAAAGGAAGCAAAGGUGAAACACCUCUACCCUGGGGGCAAAUGGGUGACCCAGGCGAACCUGGGCUCAGAGGCCUGCCAGGGAGAAAGGGCUUCGACGGAAUUCCUGGAAGUCCAGGAGCAAAGGGAUUGCCAGGACCUAGAGGUGAACCGGCCCUGAGUGGAAGGAAAGGGGACCAGGGACCUCCAGGGGCUCCUGGAUCACCUGGACCUCCGGGACCCGCGGGACCAGCUGGACCACCGGGCUAUGGACCUCGAGGAGAAACAGGUCCAAAGGGAACGCAAGGAGUUCCCGGAGCCCCGGGACCACCUGGAGAAGCCGGUCUCAAAGGAGAACCUGGCAUAUCAACACCAGUUCCAGGUCCCCCAGGACCUCCAGGGCCCCCUGGGCAGGCCGGUCGCCGAGGUCUACCUGGUUUUCCUGGACCUAUGGGAAAAUGUGAGCCUGGUCUUCCCGGACCUGAUGGUGAACCAGGGCUCCCAGGAACUGGACUUCCUGGGCCUCCAGGACCUAAAGGAGAUCAAGGUUUCCCAGGAACAAAAGGAUCACCUGGUUGUCCUGGGGAACCGGGAAAGCCAGGCCGUCCUGGAGAACCAGGCCACCCAGGAGCCAAGGGAGAACCAGGGUUAGCCAUGCCCGGGGAACCCGGAAAACCUGGCUUUCCAGGAGAAAGAGGCAACCCCGGGGAAAGUGGAGAAAUUGGACUCCCUGGGCCUCCAGGCCUCCCUGGAACUCCGGGAAAGGAAGGACUUGAUGGGCCUCCAGGAGACCCAGGACAGCCUGGACCGCCUGGAGCAAAAGGAACCCCAGGGAGCUGCACACAAGGAACCAAGGGUGUCCAAGGACUUCCGGGCUUAAACGGAUUGCAAGGGCAACCAGGUAGAAGAGGUGACACGGGGCCGAAGGGAGACCCUGGCAUCCCAGGCUUGGACAGAUCAGGAAUGCCUGGAGAACCGGGACCACCAGGAAUGCCAGGUCAUCCAGGUGAGAUAGGACCACCUGGACAGAAAGGAUACCCAGGAGCUGCAGGAUUCCCAGGGCUACCAGGCAAGAAAGGAGAGGUUGGGAUGAUGGGCUAUCCUGGAACCACUGGUCCUCCGGGAUCUCCUGGGAAACCAGGUUCACAGGGGCAGAGAGGAUUUGUAGGAAAUCCGGGUGAAAAAGGAGACAGAGGCAUUCCAGGGUUACCAGGUCUGAAAGGCUUCGAGGGACUGCCUGGACCACCAGGCCCUCCAGGCUCUAGAGGAGACAUGGGACGCAGUGGGAAUCCUGGAGGACCAGGACCAGGCGGCAUGCCGGGAAGCAUGGGGAACAUGGGUGUGCCAGGCCCUAAAGGGAGAAAAGGAACUUUGGGACUGUCGGGUCUAGCUGGAAGACCAGGCGUUGCAGGGAGUCGCGGUCCUCAAGGAGAUAAGGGGGAGCAAGGUCAUUCAGAAGGUGCAAGGCCAGGACCACAGGGUCCAAAGGGCCAUGCAGGAUUGCCAGGUGACAAAGGAAAAAAAGGAGAGAGAGGCCCACCUGGGCCACCUGGACAAUCGGGACCUGCUGGACCUGACGGAGCCCCUGGGAGUCCUGGGAGUCCUGGCCACCCAGGGAAGCCGGGUCCUGUUGGUGAUUUGGGUCCUAAAGGCAAGAAGGGCUUCCCAGGCCUUCCAGGAAGCACUGGACCUCCAGGCCCUCCAGGAUUCCCAGGACCUCCUGGACCAAUAGGUAUGAGAGGUAACCAGGGCCGUGAUGGAAUUCCUGGUCCACCCGGAGAGAAGGGAGAAACAGGCUUGCUGGGGGCCCACCCAGGCCCCAAAGGGAGCCCUGGUAUUCCAGGUGUCAAAGGAGACAAGGGAGCUCCAGGUUUGCCUGGCCUCCCUGGCAGGAAGGGGAACAUGGGAGAUGUUGGACCUCAAGGACCCCCAGGCAUCAGUGGACUCCCAGGACCACCAGGUCUACCUGGGGCAAUUGUCCCUGGCCCAAAAGGAAACAGAGGUCUUCCUGGCCCAAGAGGAAGUCCAGGUAAGCCAGGUCCUCCUGGACCUCCAGGACUUAUCGUAAAAGGCAUAAAAGGUGACAAAGGAUUUAUGGGCCUACCUGGCCCCAAAGGUCUACCUGGAACUGUAGGCAACAUGGGCCCACCAGGUCACCCGGGAGCACCAGGUAUCCCAGGUCUUCCAGGUCUCAGAGGUGAUCCGGGAUUCCCUGGAUUUCCGGGCAUAAAAGGAGAGAAGGGUAAUCCAGGAUUUCUUGGAUCAACUGGACAUCCAGGACCCAUUGGGCCAAAAGGACCACCUGGUGAACGUGGAAAACCUGGUACACGAAAGAUCAUCUCCCUUCCGGGAAGCCCAGGGCCACCCGGUCCACCUGGACAGCCAGGAAUGAAAGGAGAUCCUGGGUCACUGGGACCACCUGGAAUCCCAGGGCCCUGUGGACCAAAAGGUAAACCAGGCAAGGAUGGAAAACCAGGAUCUCCAGGAGCAGCUGGUGAAAAGGGCAACAAAGGCUCUAAAGGCCAGCAAGGACCACCUGGAUUGGAUGGAUUGCCAGGCUUAAAGGGAAAACCUGGAGACAGGGGAACACCUGCCUCUGGGACAAGAAUGCAAGGGUUUGUCUUCACCCGACACAGUCAAACCACAGCCACUCCUUCAUGUCCUGAAGGAACACAGCCGCUCUACAGUGGGUUUUCUCUUCUUUUUGUGCAAGGAAAUGAACGUGCACACGGACAAGACCUUGGCACUCUGGGCAGCUGCCUGCAGCGAUUCACCACAAUGCCGUUCUUAUUCUGUAACAUCAAUAAUGUAUGUAAUUUUGCAUCACGGAAUGAUUAUUCAUACUGGCUGUCAACACCAGCUCUGAUGCCAAUGGACAUGGCUCCAAUUACGGGCAGAGCUCUCGAACCCUAUAUUAGCAGGUGUAUGGUCUGUGAAGGUCCUGCGAUGGCCAUCGCUGUUCACAGUCAAACGACAGCUGUCCCUCCAUGUCCCCAUGGCUGGGUUUCUCUCUGGAAAGGGUUUUCCUUCGUUAUGUUCACAAGUGCUGGCUCUGAGGGAGCGGGACAAGCGCUGGCAUCACCCGGAUCCUGCCUGGAGGAGUUCCGAGCCAGUCCGUUUAUAGAAUGCCACGGACGAGGAACGUGUAACUACUUCUCAAACUCCUACAGCUUCUGGCUGGCUUCAUUAAAUCUAGAAAGAAUGUUCAGAAAACCUAUUCCAUCAACUGUGAAAGCUGGAGAUUUAGAAAAAAUCAUAAGCCGCUGUCAGGUGUGCAUGAAGAGAAGACACUGAAGAAAUCAAAGAAAACAGAGCCACCUUUUUCCUUCUUGAAUAGCAAAGUCAUGGCUCAGUAUGUGCAUUUUAGUUAGGUCUUUUUUUCUCUAACCUUGCAGUGUUGUUCAGUGACGAUCUGGUAGUGGCAUGUUUCACCACACCAGAAAGCAUUUCAUUCAAGUUAGUCUGUAAUGUGGGUCUGGAAACCUGUGUGGUUUCAAAGUUUCCUCUAGGAAGGCAACAGCUUUCCACAAAAUAUCACUGAAAUCACAUUCCGCUUGUGCACAAAGCAAUGACUAAACCAUGCCUGUGUGGAGCUUGAACUGCAGGCUAAGGGAGAGUUGGUCCAGGGGAUGUUCAGUGUGUUCCUUGUCCCACUUUGACCUAAGGAAUUUGGUUUCUUCCCACCUCCUUUCUGAGACCUUAGACUUCAGCUAGAGAAGGAAAUGGGGGUUAUACAGUACACGAGCACAUCAUGACAGGAACUGGAUAGUCAGGCCUAUUGAAAUGUAUGAUGCCCAAGAACACACAUAGAUAAGGUUCAUGAUGUUUCAGGACUCAUUUAAAUAUGCCCAAAGCUAGGACCAAAGGAAACUUCCUGAACGGAAACAUAAUAGGCUUGGAUAUAAAGUAUGGGCUUUUUUUUUUUCCUGUUUUGUUGACGAUGUCUAUUUGCUAUUUUACUAUGGCCAUAGAUUGAAAGGGGAUAAAAUGUUUACCCUUAGGGGAUUAAUUUUUACUAGGAUGUUAUACACAUACACUGAAAUAUUUCUCUUCAUUGUUCUCAAUGUACUCACAAGUAACAAGGAUACUAUUUACUAAAUGUGCACUUUAUCCUCAUUCCUAUAUAAAUACUGGCCUUAAAGAAUUUCACUAGUAUUUCAAUAACCCAGGGAAGAAUGAGAGGCAUUUGCUGGUGUAUCAGACUCCAAAUAUUUUUCUUUGAUCGAAAUAGUUCAUGACACGAUUUUACAAAUUUGUUCCUUUGUUACUUUUCUAACUUAUCUUUGGAACACAUUAAACACACACACACACACACACACACACACACACACACACACACACACUCAGUCACAUACCAAUGUGCACAAAAUUUUAAAAUUUUGAAAAAUAAGAUCUAUACUCAAGAAGUUCAUCAUCUUUAACUUCUUGUAGUCACCCCAAGCUUGAAAACUAUUAAGAAAACAGAAACAUUUCAUAAAUCAAAUAGUUGUAGUAGUAUUUGAUGACUCAUGGAGGCUCGGCAUCAUGAGGCGAAGCUUACAUUUCUUGACCCACGAAGGUGGAGCUGGUGGUGCUGAUACUUACUGUCAGGCAGGUGCUGUAACCUCAACUACUCUGUAUUGGAAAAUGUGACCCGAGGACACAGACAAGGGUUGACAUUCUCCAUAACUCACAUGACAGGUGCCAAGACAUUUUUACACCUGAACUAAGGUAUGCAACAUCUCAUUUCAGUUAGGUAUUUCACCUAACUUUCCUAUUCAAAAACCACCCACUUGUCCAUUCUAGCUGUAAAAAGAAGGAACCAUCCUUGACCUGAGUAGUUGUAGCAGCAGCAGCCAGGAGCUUGUUAUCAAUGCAAUUCCAGAAUAUUCCAAACCUGCAAAGUUAGAAACUGUAGUUGGAGAUCAGAAGUCUCUUUCGUUUUGUUGAGAGGCAUUUCAUCCUAUAGCCCAGGCUGGCCCCCCAUCACAAUUUUUCUAUCUCAGCCUCCCAGAAUUUUGUUUUAAAAGUUUUCCCUAUGAUUCUGGUGCACUCUGCUCACUAGGCAAACAUCCAAGAAACUGGCCCCAACCCCUUCACCAU